AUGGCACCCUUUAAUUUAUUCUUCCUAUUACACCUUCUAUUCAUUCCAACAACUUACUAUAUCCAACCCUAUGAUGGCGGGUUCAUCUCUGGUGUUAUAUCCAAUAAGGGUAUUGAUUUUGCAAAGGAUUUGUUGAUAGAGAAAGGUAUUGAAUCCAUUGUUCUUCUUAAUCUACCAGAGAUUGAGAAUUCUGCACAAGUUCCACUUGUUGGAAAAGCUAAGGUUGUUCUUUCUCAUAUCACAAUUAAGGAUAUUCAAGUCAACUCUUCGUCUGUUAUGAUUGGAGAGAGUGGGAUUGUUGUAGUUGUUUCAGGUGCUACUGCUCAUUUGAGUAUGAAGUGGAACUAUACUGUCAGCUCUUGGUUGAUUCCAAUUGGAAUUUCUGAUAGUGGAACUGCUUCAAUUAAGGUUAAAGGAAUGCAAGUCGGGCUUACAUUAAGUUUAAAGAACAAAGAAGGUCGCCUUAAGUUGAGUCUCUUAGAUCAUGGAUGCUAUGUCGGAGAUUUAUCGAUAAAGUUGGAUGGUGGAGCAGCUUGGCUUUACCAAUUGCUAGUUGAUGCCUUUGAAGAGAAUAUAGCAUCUUCAGUAGAAGAAGGAAUUUCAGGGAAAAUAAAAGAAGGAAUAACAAAGCUUGAUAAUUUUUUGCAAGCUCUUCCAAAGCAAAUUUCCCUUGACGAAACUGCUGCGCUAAAUGUUUCUUUUGUUGGUAAUCCUGUGUUGAGUAACUCUUCUGUUGCAGUUGCAAUUGAUGGUUUAUUCACAAGAACAAGCCAAAUCUUAGUUCCUCAAAGUUACAAGAAAGGAUAUCAAGUUUCUUCUGCCUGUGGUGGCUUACCAAAGAUGAUAAAGGUUUCAAUACACGAAAACGUGUUCAAAUCUGCUUCCCUAGUUUACUUCAACGCAGGUAAAAUGCAAUUGAUUAUCGAUGAACUACCCGAUCAGGCUCUUCUGAACACCGCUGGAUGGAGAUUCAUAGUUCCUCAAUUAUACAAGCGAUAUCCAAAUGACAACAUGCAGAUUAAUGUCUCUGCAUCUUUUCCACCAGUCAUACAAGUGGGUUACCAAGAUAUCGGUGCUACUGUUUCCGUAGAUAUAACAAUUAAUGUUCUAGAAGGCGGCGAGACCAUACCCGUUGCAUGUAUCUCAGUGGAUAUUAGUGCUUCAUGUUCUGUGGAAAUUUUAGGAAACAACAUUGCUGGUAGGAUUAGAUUACAAAAUUUUUCUGCAUACUUGAAAUGGAGCAAAAUAGGAAAACUACGCAUACAUCUUAUUCAGUCACUGGUAUCAAGUGCACUCAAAACAGUUGUCCUACCAUACUUGAACCGACAAUUGAAGAGUGGAUACCCGUUGCCAACUAUCGAUGAUUAUGGCUUUCAAAAUUCUAUUGUCUUGUACAAUUAUCCAUGGAUUUCAGUGUGUAGUGAUGCUUCCUUUAUAGAACAAGAUUAA